AUGAAUGAUGUUUAUGAAGUUAAACCAUUAGGUGGUAGAAAAAAAACGGUGGCUUUGUUACCUGAUCGUAUAGUAUGUGUCUUACCACUUCGAUUUAUUUUCCAUGGUCCUUCAUCAAUAAUACCUUCUCAACAAUCACAUUUAACACGUACAUUAUGUUAUGCUAUGAUAGAUGCAACUUAUACAGGAAUAUGUCUAUUUAAAUCAGCUACUAUUUCUAUUGAUGAUCAAAUAAUGGGUAGAAUAACACAAUAUGAUAUAUAA